AUGGAUAUCCGGCUUCUUCCAGAAAAGGAUCUCACCAACUAUGAUGGGCUCCCAAUUCCUCAUCGAACGGCCUCAGCCACAAUUGCAAAAUUGCGGGCUCUGUGCGUCGAUGGGAGUCUGAAAGAUUUCCAGGAUGAGAUGGACUCACUACUUUCGAAUCCUCAACCUGAGGUUUUCGAUAUAGUGGAUCUCCACGAUGUGAUGAUGGAAGCAAUUCAACAGGACAGAGUUGAAAUCGUCUCCAACCUUCUUUUUCACGGCUUCCCGAUACAGCCUUUUUAUACCCGAAAGGCAACCGAGUGCAAGGCGAAGCGCGUCCUGGAAUGUUUCCUCGAAGCAGGAUGGAGUAUAAAUGAGCCGGUUGAUGUUUUGAAGCCUCCCGUGCUUUGCUACGCAGUAACGGACGCCGAGAUGACCAGUUGGCUUCUAGAUCAUGGAGCGAACCCGAAUGCGCCCUGCGAAGUGGACUGCACCCCAUUGUCCUACGCUGUUCGCAAUGCAUCUCUCAGUGUUAUCGAACUGCUGCUGAAUCGUGGAGGGGAUGUGCAGAAAGGGCAGCUUCUUCAGUAUGCCGUAUCUCGAGACCAGGAAAUCGAGGAUGUUAUAUCACUCCUCGUCGAUAGAGGUGCGCCUUUGAACGCGACAAUGUAUGAGGAUGGCCCAACUUUGAUGCGAUUUGCACCGAUGAGCUUAGGGACUGCGUUGCACGUAGCAACAGAGCAGGGAAAGACGAAUGCCAUCCGUCUUCUGAUCCAACUCGGAGCAGACACUGGUGUGAAGGACGCGAAUGGCGACACCGCUUUGGAGUGGGCACAGAAAUGGGAUAAAACGGAAAUGGUGCAACUGUUGAAAGCCUUGGAAGACCGUUCGUAA